AUGCUGAAACAUCUCAUCUCACUGACUGAGUCCCUUCUCCCCGGCAACUCUUAUCAGAAGGCGGUCCUCGACCUGGCCAUAGUCGCCUUCUGGGGAAUGGCUAGGCUCUCCGAGCUAACUUGCGAACGCGAAGACGGGAUCUUGAGAUGGUCUGCCACCCUUUUCACAUCAGACGUCAGUUUCCACCGCUCAUCACUGGGAUUGUCUGCGGCUCUAGAAAUUCGCGGAGCGAAAACUUGCGCACCAGGCGACAGCCAAACGAUUCACCUCCAAAGCCUGAACCACAUGCUUUGUCCCGUGGCGGCGGUAAAGAGAAGACUUGCCGACGCCAGGCCCUGCAACGUCCCUCUAUUCGGGUACAAUUCACCCGCCGGCUGGGUCAACUUAGUUAAGGCUAAGGUGGUCCGUACGUUGGGACAGGUGUGGGACAGCCAUGGUUAUCAAGGGAUCACCGGUCAUUCUUUCAGAGUCGGAGGAACGUCGCUUAGGUACGCCAUCGGAGUCCCGGUGGAAGAGAUAUGCGCUUUGGGAAGAUGGACCUCUAAUUGCUAUAAACUCUACCUCAGGGACUAUUCGCAGCUCGAUCUGGAGGAGUCCUUAUCUCUGAUUGGGAACUUAGAGAAAGCGUGGAUGCAAUAA